GUUAAUUAUUACAAGGGAGGCGAUGAAGGCCAACGUGCACCAAAGUCCAGUGUGACAGAGAAAAUCAACAGUUCACUCGCAGCCAUGAGCCAGCCGACCCCAGCCACCACAGAGCUGCCUGUGCUGCCAGGGGACACAACAGUGGCCUUUGGGGUGGCAGACAUCAUCGUUGUGGUUUUUUACUUCGCCUUUGUCCUCGUCGUCGGGAUAUGGUCAUCGAUACGAGCAAGCCGGGGGACCAUUGGAGGCUAUUUCCUAGCUGGACGAUCCAUGACUUGGUGGCCUAUUGGAGCAUCCCUGAUGUCAAGCAACGUGGGCAGUGGCUUAUUCAUCGGUCUGGCAGGCACUGGAGCGGCUGGAGGCCUUGCUGUUGGGGGCUUUGAGUGGAAUGCUACCUGGGCACUUCUGGCUCUCGGCUGGAUCUUUGUGCCUGUUUACAUCGCGGCAGGAGUGGUCACCAUGCCUGAAUACCUGCAGAAGAGAUUUGGAGGGCAGAGGAUACAAAUCUACAUGUCCGUACUGUCCCUCAUUCUCUAUAUAUUCACCAAGAUAUCCACAGACAUUUUUUCCGGAGCAUUGUUCAUCCAAAUCUCUUUGGGCUGGAACCUCUACUUGUCCACUGUGGUCUUGCUAGCAGUGACUGCUGUCUACACCAUAGCUGGUGGUUUAGCGGCUGUGAUAUACACAGACGCACUACAGACCCUGAUCAUGGUGCUGGGAGCUUUGGUCCUCAUGUUCAUAGGAUUUGAAAAAGUUGGCUGGUAUGAAGGACUUCAGGAGAAAUACAGCACAGCAAUACCAAAGAUCAUAGUCCCAAACACGACCUGUCACCUCCCACGUGCAGAUGCCUUUCAUUUGUUCAGGGAUCCAGUGACAGGAGACAUUCCUUGGCCUGGCCUUAUAUUUGGCCUCUCUGUGCUGGCUCUUUGGUGCUGGUGCACUGACCAGGUGAUAGUCCAGAGGUCUCUCUCUGCUAAGAACCUCUCCCAUGCCAAAGGUGGGUCAGUGCUGGGAGGAUAUCUGAAAAUCUUCCCUAUGUUUUUCAUUGUCAUGCCAGGAAUGAUCAGCAGAGCUCUUUACCCAGAUGAAGUGGGCUGCGUGGACCCAGACAUCUGUAAAAGGGUUUGUGGAGCUGCAGUGGGUUGUUCCAACAUUGCCUACCCCAAACUCGUGAUAGAACUCAUGCCCGAUGGGCUCCGGGGUUUGAUGAUUGCCGUGAUGAUGGCAGCCUUGAUGAGUUCCCUCACCUCCAUUUUCAACAGCAGCAGCACUCUCUUCGUUAUAGACAUCUGGCAGCGGAUCCGCAGAAAGACUUCGGAGCAGGAGCUGAUGAUUGUGGGCAGAGUCUUUAUCCUCAUCCUUGUAGUCAUCAGUAUUCUCUGGAUCCCAAUCAUUCAGUCAGCCAACAGCGGCAAGCUCUUUGACUACAUUCAGUCCAUAACCAGCUAUCUAGCCCCACCGAUUACAGCUCUCUUCAUCUUGGCAAUCUUCUGCAAGAGGAUUAACGAGCCUGGUGCUUUCUGGGGCCUCAUGGUUGGGCUAGCUGUUGGUCUCGUUCGGAUGAUCAUCGAGUUUAUUUAUAGCACACCGUCUUGUGGUGAGGAGGACAGAAGACCAGCUGUGCUAAAGGACUUGCACUACCUCUACUUUGCCCUCAUCCUCUGUGUCCUCACUGCGAUUGUCAUCGUCCUUAUUAGUCUCUGCACCCCACCGAUCCCUGAAGAAAAGCUCGCUUCCCUGACGUGGUGGACGAGACACAGAAAAGCACCUGCCAUUGACCUGAAAAAUUAUAAGAGUGAAGCAGCACAGAUCAAUCCAGCCAACGGAGAGUGUGACUUGGUCGAAAGUGCAGAUUCGGGUGAUAAGGAGGAGGCAGCAGCCAAGCCUCCCUGCUGGAAAAUGCUGUAUUUGUGGUUCUGCGGUCUGUCCACUGGCCCUGCACCCACCCUGUCCCAGGAGGAGAGAGCUGCCCUGGAGCAGAGACUCACCAGCAUCGAGGAAAAGCCCCUGUGGAAGACUGUUUGCAAUGUUAAUGCUAUUCUCCUGCUGAGCAUUAAUGUCUUUCUGUGGGCAUAUUUUGGCUGA